AUGAUUUUUUCAGAAGCUGUAAAAACUUUUACAUUACUUUUUAGCUUGGAGAAGACGAUGAAUAUGUUCGACUUCAAAAAAUAAGUUUAGGAAUUAAAGAAGUUUCCAUGAACUUAAGAAACAUGUAAAUUAUAACAGAUCAUAACAUCUUAAAAUCAAGUUUCUAUUUAUAACUUAUAAUAAGUGAUUUGCUCUUAUCCUUUCUAAUAGGCAAGCAUUGAGUUGUUGAUUUCAGCUUUCUUUGAUUAUUUUAAACAUAGGUUAUUCCUUUUGGCUUUUUAUAGGGCACUUUAAGAAGUAAGUGAAUUAUAAGAAUACAGAGAAUUUUUAGGGAAUAGAAGUACCAGAAAUUUCAAGAUGACAAUUAAGUAAUCAAUAUAUAAUAAAUAAUAGUGGAAAUGUUAAUAAGAUUAUUGAAGAAUAAUAAAAAUAAGGUUCCAUACCGUUCUCAAAAUAAGUUAUAGAGAAAUUGUUAAUAGCUAAAAGAUUCGCUUGUUCUUACUUGAAGAGAUUCUUUUAAUUGGCGAUUGAACUAAAUGCAGAUUUGGAAGAGAUGUCAAAGAUUUUUAAAUAGUUUAUCAUACAUACUAGAUGCCAUAAAUUUUAAUAAUAAUUAAUUGAUUAAUUCUUUGAUUGCAAAUAGAGUAUAUUUUAUGACUUUCCAUGGAAGAAUAAAUAUGAUUUAGAAUUAGAUGAUUGUAAAUAAUUUUAUAAUUUUUAAGUUUGUAAAAGAUGGACGAUUGAGGUUACCCCUAAAUGGGUUUUAGAAAGAAAAUAAUCUAUGUCAUCUUUUAAUUAUAUCUAAACAGAAAAAUAAAUAAAACUUGAAUUAGAAGAUGAAUAUAUAACACCAGCCAGUAAAGUAGAGUCUGUUGCUGAUUAUGUCGAGAUUAUGUAGAAAAUAAUCUGUAAACCAUUAGAAAUGGUUUCUCAACAUGAACUACUUCAUCUACAUAAUAAUGAUAAUAUUGAGAUCCUUAUCAAAUUCAUCAUUAAUCCUCUUGAAAUGGAGCUCAUAGAUGAUUGGGUAUUUAUUAUAACACUAUUUAAGGGACUAAUAUUUUAAAGGAAAGAAAUAGAAAAAUAAGAUUACAAAACCAUUUUUAAAUCUAAUAUUAUACCUCUAGAUUAUCUUUAUACAAUUAGAUCUUUCAAAAGCCUUUAAUUUUUGACCUAAAAAAUUAAUCAUUCUAGAUUUUAUCUAACAAUUUAAGAAAUGACUCCUAAAAUAUGUAUUUCAUUUAUUUCAUAAAUUAGUUGAAUAAAUUCUAGAAAGUUUUAAUAUAGAAUCAAUUUAAUUGAAUUUAAAUCACUUAGCCAUGCUAAUAGACUAAUUAUUAUUGAUUUGUCCGAAAACAAGUAUAUUAAGAAUAAUUGAAAUGGAUAUUCUAUUUUUAUUGUUACUUUAUUCAAGUAAUACAUACAUAGAAUCUUUGUUAUUUGAUAUUUUAGACAUAACAGUAGAUAAAUAUUAACUGGGCUACUAUAUUUAAGAUUAAAUUUGGAAAUAUAUUAUGGAAACAAAAUGGAUAGAUAAUUUAAUUAAUUCUAUAUUUGAAAAGAAUUAUAAAUUUGGUAACAAGAAAUUUCCUAUCAUAGAAGAUAAUGAACAAAAAUCAUAAAUUCUUAAUAUUUUAUCAAAAUUUAAAGAUCAGUAAAAAUCUAUUGAAAUUGUGAAGAUAAGUGCAUUAGAUGAAUUUAUUGGACCUUUAGGAGGAUAAUCUGAUUAAUAAAAUACUGAAGAUUAAUUAUUACUACCUGAAAAUAUAACUUAUGCUUAAUUAUUAGAAUAAGAUAUUGAUGCUAUUAGAGCAUAUUUAGAUGAGAGAAGAAUAUAAAAAUCUAUUAAUUACAGUAGAAAAUAAAGUAGAAAAGUUGAAUCAUAGAUGGUGAGUUAUCGUUCUACAACUAUUUCACAUAAUCGUAAUAUGAGUUAGAAUGUGCCAUCAUUACCAUCAAUAAAUACUCCAAAAUCAGUUUCUAAUAAAUUAUCUGAAUUAUAAAAUGCUGUUAAUGAUUCAAAAUCAAAAAGAGGUAGUGUUGAAAAAUAAGAAAAAAGUACUAUUUCUAAAACAUCUUAAUGGGCAUAAACUUCUAGGUCUUCUUUGUCAUCAGAGACAGGAUUUUCAACUAGUAAAUUAAUAAUGCUUUAUCCAUCAGGAAAUCAAAAAACAAAUCCAAGUCAAUUUGAAAUAGAAUAAACAGAUUUUUAUUAUAAUCCAAAUACUUAUGAACAUCUAAUAAACUUGUUAGAAAAAAUUGUAAAUAUGAUUUCAAAUCAUUAAAUUAGAAACCCUAACAAUCAUUCAGCCUUUUAUAAUUUAAUUUUUAAUUAAGAAUUAGUAUUAAACUUAUUUAAAUUUUAUUUAUAUGAGAUUAAUUUAAAAAAGGAUACAUGUUUUCAAUGUGGUAGAAUUAUAAAUUCUAUUUAUUCUCUUAUAAAAAGAUUUGGAAAUUAUGAAUAAUAAGAAAUUUUUAGGGAUAUAUUUUUAAAAAUAAUAGAAUAUCUUAAUAAAGUUAUUAUCAACAUUAAUAGAUAAAAUUCUGAUAUUAAUUUUACGAGUCAAUUUAUUAUGUUUCAAACUAUUUGUAAUGGUUUUGCAAUAUUUGAACCUUAUGAUGCAACAAAAUUAAGUAAGAAUAUUUAUAAAUUCUUAAAUGAAACAAUCAUCCAUUUAUAUAUUAUAUAAUUCUUUAAGAGCAAAUAAAAUAGUUUAUACUAAUUUUAAUUUAUUGAAUUCAUGAAUUUAAUCUUUGAAAAGGCGCCGACAUACUUAUUAUAAAAUAUAUUAUUUAAUGUUGGAUUAAUUAGCUCCCUUUAUAAUGCAUAUACAACUUUUUACGCUAAUGGUUUCAAAAGCCACAGUUAUAAUGAAAGCUUAUUUUAUUAUAUUACAAAGUUAAUAAGGAUUAUACAUAGUAAUUUAAAUAAAAGAGAAUUGAAUGUAAUUUUAAGUUCUUUACAGCCUCUUGAUUCUUGGAAAUGUUUAAUGAAAACACUUCCUAAUAACUAGAUUAUAAAAGAAAAGAAAUUGAAAACUCAGGAAGUUGAAUUACAAAAAUUAAAUCUUGAAUCUUAAUAAAGUAUCAGAUAAUCUAUUUUAAAUGAAAGUAGAUCAUCUAUAUCCUUAUCAUUAAUUAAUAAUAAUAGAAAGUAUUAUAUUAUACUAUUUAUUUAGAUUAUCACAAAAAUAAUCAACUCCUUAAAAACUCAGUGCUAGAAUAUAAUAACUUUAAUAAAAAAAUCUAUCAGGUUAGUCCACAUCCUAACUAGCCUACUGA